AUGAAUAGGAACGGUCCCCCGAAAGGGGGUUCCACAUCGGGUCGCUCUGAACGAGAUUAUGGACUGUCUAGGACGGAGAGCAACUCGCUAAGUGCCACCUCGAGUGCCGGGUAUGCCUCCUCACGAGAGCGACGUGCUGGCGGAUACGGGGGUUUCUAUGAUGGCGGUUCCGCAGCGUCAACAUCUUCGCUACACAGUUUUGAACAGCCAUUCCGGACCCCGUCUUCUCGCUCGCGGCAAUAUGAUGUCGAUACGGGGCCCAUGUGGAAUAAUGGUGGCAGGGAUGACGCGACGUAUGGCUAUGGUGGCAGGCAUUGGGUUAGGAAGAAGUCCGAUGCUACAUCUACGAGGAGUGGUCCGCAGCCGAUUGAGGAUAUCCUCCGAAUGAUCGAGCAGGAAUGGAACUUCAUGGCGACUGAUGAUUGUAUCCCGGUCCAGGUGGGCCUUCAGCUGAUGGACUCGAGCACGCUUGGGAAGGCGGAUCGAGAGCCGGAUUUUAUACGGGUGCAUAAACAGAUACAAAGGUCGUUGAAGUCGGUCGUUAAUGAACAUCACCAGGGGUUUAAUAGCUCUAUCGGAACGUACCAUACUAUCCAGUCCAGCAUCCAAAGUUCCCAAAAUCGCAUUCGAACGCUGAAAGGGGCUCUGCUUGAAGCGAAAGAAGGUUUACUUACGACGAAGCCAGAACUAAAGGGGCUCGCUACGGCGUCGCAGAACUACGACGAUAUACUACAAUUAUUUGGCCAGAUUGAGAAUAUACAGUCUCUACCAGAGAAGCUCGAGGCGCGCAUAACGGAAAAGAGAUUCAUUGCAGCGGUGGAAAUACUCCAGGAUGCCCUACGUCUAGUACAUCGACCGGAACUCGACAACAUCGGAGGCCUUGGCGAUCUACGGACAUACUUCACCAACCAGGAAUUGUCAUUGACAGAUAUCCUAGUUGAAGAGCUGCAUGAUCACCUAUAUCUAAAGUCUCCGUAUUGUCAGGAUCGCUGGAAGUUGGCAAACGGAGACGAGGCGAAGGACGGUUCAAAGCCAACCGUUUUAAGUGCUGCUUCAAAUUGGGAAAAACCAGUUUACAAUUACCUAGCCAAUUUAGAUGCGCCGGUUCCCGUUACGGAGGAUGCCUCUCGUAGUCCGGAGGCCGAUACCUUCCACUAUAUCCGCGUGCUCAUUGAGGCGUUCAACAAAAUGGGCAAUCUUGAGGUUGCUGUUGAUCGGAUCGAGCAGAGGCUUCCAGUGGAACUCUUUGCUGUCGUUGAUAAAACAAGUGCCGAAGUCGCUGCUCGCCACCCAGAGCAUAGGCGUAAUGCACCGACGCGAGACGGUAAAAUGUACGGAAUCCCAACGGAGCUGGGCGGAGACCGCGGAUACGUGCUGUCUGAGUUCAUGUGGAACCUUUAUGCAAAGUUUGAGGCCAUUGCUGAAGGCCAUCGCAUCGUGCAUGAGGUCGUUGCUGGGAUUGUGGAAAGAGAAGGCAUUCGAAAAUCCGGAUCACUUACGAGUGGUUUCAAAGAGCUGUGGAAGUUGUAUCAAAGUGAGAUACGGUCCCUAUUGCACGAUUACCUCGCUACAGAUGGAGAAAUCAGCUAUAGGUCUCCCGCGAAUAUUUCUGAUGAAAAAUAUACACACACCUCUAACAAAAGAGAUAAAACGAAGAAAAUGUUUAAACUCUCUGAGGUGGAUCAAAAGUCAUCGGAAAUGAAGGCAGAGCAAGCCGACUUGGAAGAGAUCCUGAGAUCCUCAGUUCCCGGUCUUGUGUCCAAAUCUCGCCAGAAGGCUUCUGUAACCGAUUUGUCACAUUUAAGACAAGAAAGCUCCGGAACGGGACAUACGCUCCUCAUCGAACCCAGUGUUUUCAAUAUGAGCCUGCUUCUACCGCCUUCACUGUCGUUCAUUCAACGAUUAAAGGAUAUCGUCCCUCUGAAUUCUGACAUCAUCAUAAGCACUCUUACGUCCUUUCUCGACGACUUCCUCAUCAACGUGUUCCAGCCCCAGCUGGAUGAAGCCGUGAGUGACCUCUGCGCUCAAACGUUCGUUGCACUGGAUGCAUUCACGGAAGAUCCGCAUUGGACAAGAGUUUCGCCAAGGCCUAUAUUCAAGGGGACAAUUGUUUUCAUGGAGCUCGUCAAAACAUUUAGUAAAAUGCUCGAUAGUAUUCCGUAUGACCAGGCAUUUACCCAACUGGUCAUCAACCAAAUUGUUACUUACUAUGAUAAAUGCUGUGGCUGGUACAAAGCACUGGUUACCCGCAUGUCUCCUCGUCAUCCUGGGGGAACACAUGUGAAAGCAGCAGCAGCGUAUGCAGAAUCUGGCGAUAUUCGAGAAACUGCAGCGGAGUUGUGGCAGUGUUUUGCCGAUAGACGACAAGUACUAAUUACCAAAGAAAUUGAUCUCUUAAUUCAACACACAAGCGAAACUCCUCUUGAGCCGUACGACAUCGUUUCGGACCCAAAAACCGUCAUCUCCCUCUCCCUCCUUUACAACAGCAUGCGAUGGCUCGUCAGCAGUCUCUCUCGCCUCCGCCAUAUAACAACCUACCAAACGGACUCCAGCCAGCCUAAAUCCUCCAGCCGAAUGCCCCCCACACGCCGCUGGACCUUCGUAGCGUCCAUGAAAUCCAAACGUGACAGCCCCAGCAACGCCAUUCACCUCCCCAUGACCCAAGAGUCCGUCGUCGGCUUCGACAACACGCUAGAGUCGCUACGGCACCUGGCCCUAACCGCCCUGCUAACCCUCCACAUCGACAUCCGCUGCGGUGCCAUCCACAUGGUCACCAGCAGCCUGUCCAGUAACAUCCCCUAUUCCGCAGAACCAACCAGCCCGGUCUCCAGCGCGAGCAUCGCAGAGUGGAAACACAUCUUAUCCACUCCCCCAUCCUCCGCAUCGCCUGAAAUCAUAGAACUGAACAAUGACCUGAUAUCCUUCGACGCGAACAUAGCAAACUACCUCGGUCCCAGCGAAUGCCGCUUCAUAACAUCCGGUCUGGCACAGUUGAUAGACCGCGCCUUCGUCUCCGGGACACGCUUCAUCGGCGCAAUGAACAACAACGGGGCCAUACGCUUGCAACUCGACGUGCUAGUCCUGCAACAGAACCUGAGAAAUAUCAUCAUCCACCCUCCCCCAUCCCCACCCUCACUCUCACUCUCACCCUCACCCUCACCUUCUACCUCACUAUCAAAACCAACCUCAGCUGCAUCCGAAGACACUAAAACUGAAAAGCAACAGGAGGAGAAGGGCGCAGAAGAGAUAAUCGCCCUUCCCCGCUCGGCCAAGUUUCUGGACUGGUUCCUCGAGGGCGCAGAUAAAGCUGUCGAGCACGCGCAGGCCGAGAGGGAAGAGUUUAAGAACCGCGGCAGCGAUAAGGCGCUGCAGGCGGGGAACGGGGAGCCGUUUACGUACGAGGAGCUGAAGGUGUUGGUUGAGUUGUGCUUUUCGGCCAUGCUGAAAGGUCCUGAGGGGCGGCGGGGGAGCCGGGAGGAUUUUUUGGCCGCGAAGAGAGGGAGUUGGGAUGCGUUGUUGAGGUUGAGUGAGACUAUGUGGGAUUCGUAG